AUGCGGCUUCUAUACAGCAUCCUACCUCUCGCUGCGGCCGGACUCUCUGAACCACCUCAGCAUGUCCUACAACCACGAGCGACCGGAUCGCUCUCAUCGUGGCUCUCCACACAAAGCUCCGUGGCCCGGCAAGGCGUGCUGGACAACAUCGGAGCGAGCGGCGUCAAGGUCGAGGGAGCCAGCCCUGGUCUCGUCGUAGCUUCGCCCUCGAAAAGCGAUCCGGACUACUUCUUCACCUGGACGAGAGAUGCCGCACUCGUCACGAAAUGUCUGGUAGACCAGUUCCUUUCUGGCGGACCUGCCAGUCUCGAAGGGGGUGUCCAAGAUUACAUCAACGCCCAAGCAUCUCUCCAGACUGUGCAGAAUCCAUCGGGAGGUCUCUGCUCGGGUGGUCUUGGUGAGCCAAAGUUUCAAGUCGACGGGACUGCAUUCACUGGGAACUGGGGACGACCACAGCGUGAUGGUCCUGCUCUUCGUGCUACUGCCAUGAUCGCUUACGCUCGAUACUUGCUCGGAAAAGGCAACACCAGCGCCGUGACCAAUAUCAUCUGGCCAAUUGUGCAGAAUGAUCUGUCAUAUGUCAGCGCAAACUGGAACCAGAGCGGCUUUGAUCUGUGGGAGGAGGUCAACAGCGCUUCUUUCUUCACCACUGCAGUGCAAUAUCGAUCACUGGUCGAGGGCAGUGCUCUAGCUUCCAAGAUCGGAAAGUCCUGCUCAAAUUGCGACUCGCAGGCUCCUCAGAUCCUCUGUUUCUUGCAGUCGUACUGGACUGGGUCCUACAUUCGAUCAAACACUGGCGGCGGGCGAUCCGGAAAGGAUGUCAACUCAAUCCUCACCAGUAUCCACAUGUUCGAUCCGGCAGUGGGAUGCAACGCAAACACCUUUCAACCAUGCUCCGACAAAGCUUUGGCGAAUCACAAAGUUGUUACUGACUCAUUCCGCUCUGUGUACUCUAUCAACAACGGCAUACCUCAAGGUCAAGGCGUUGCGGUGGGACGGUAUCCAGAGGACGUUUAUCAAGGAGGCAAUCCAUGGUAUUUGGGAACUUUCGCCGCUGCAGAACAACUCUACGACGCCGUGUUUCAAUGGAAGAAGCAGGGCACAAUAGAAGUCACAUCGAUCUCGCUUCCGUUCUUCAAGGAUGUGUAUUCCUCGGCUGCGGUUGGGACGUAUGCUUCGUCCUCGGCUGCUUUCUCGUCGAUUGUCAAUGCAGUCUCGACAUAUGCUGACAGCUACAUGGCGAAUGCUCAAAAGUACACACCGCAGAACGGUGCUCUCGCCGAGCAGUACUCCCGAUCAGAUGGCACACCUCUCUCUGCAGUUGAUCUUACAUGGUCAUAUGCAGCAUUUCUGACUGCGGCCAACGCUCGUCGAGCUGCCAUGCCAGCUUCAUGGGGCGCCAACUCGGCUGCACUCCCAUCCAGCUGCUCGGGCUCCUCUGCCACAGGACCAUGUGCAACGGCCACGAGCACCUUCACCAGACCGACACAAUCAACUCCGACGUGCAGUGCAACGCCGACUCUGACCAAAGUCCUCUUCAAGGAGUACGCCACCACAACAUAUGGUGAGAGCAUUUCCGUCGUGGGAAGCAUCUCCCAGCUCGGCAACUGGAACACCAACAAUGCCGUUGCUCUGAGCGCGCAAAACUACACCAGCAGCAGCAACCUCUGGUUUGUCGACAUCAGUCUGCCCGCUGGGACCUCGUUUCAAUACAAAUAUAUCCGCAAGCAGUCGGAUGGAAGUGUGCGCUGGGAGAGCGAUCCAAAUAGAAGCUACACUGUGCCGGCGAACUGCAAGGGACAGGCAACAGUCACCGAUAAUUGGAGGUGA